AUGAGGGUAUCUUUUAGCGCCAUUUGUAUGUAUCUGUUUUCAUUUGUCACUAUUCUUGUGGAUGCUUUUCCAAAACAACUUACUUUUGAGCUUUCUGGUACGGAGCCAUUCUGCUUUUAUGAAAAACUGGAAAAGAACGAAGAAUAUACCUUCAUGUUUCAAGUAUUAAAGGGCGCAUCGAGUGAUAUUGAUGUUGUCGUAAGUGAUAUCAACAAAAAUGUAGUCGCUAAGCAAAGUGAAAGUUCUCAUGAAACCCUCUUUUUUUCCGCUCGCACUGAUGGUGACUAUUCUUUCUGCUUCAACAACCAUUUCUCCCCCAUGUCACCCAAGCGAGUAUUUUUUGAAUUAAGAAGCAAGGAAAGCUUAAGAGAGGAAGCGGGUUUGCAGGAUUCUGGCCCUAGUACUAUGAUUGAAACUUUGGCAGAAACAAUCCACGAACACCUUUCUGUCUCAGAGGGUUACCAGACCGAGUUGCGUGCCAAACUAACAGCGGAUCGACUGUUUGCUCAUGAAUUACUGCAUCAUAUUACCGUUUGGAGUACUGCAGUCGCCAUUAUCAUCGUCGUUACCGUCGUAGCCCAGAUAUCAAUUCUGAAAAGUUUCUUCAAAAACAAGCAACAUCUGUACUCCUCUUACAACUCUAAUUUCUAA